CCGGAAACGGCAGGGUAAUGAAUCGGAGUCUGUUAUUCGGCUGACAGCUCCAUUACUCUGCCGAAACUCCACCAUCUAAUGUGCAACACAUCAUUGCGGAUCCAUUUUUUUCAGCGCACCUUUUUUUCCAACGUGAAAUCGCUAACGUGUGAAUUAAAGUGCAGAGGUGAUCCCACUUCUUUCACAAUCCCGUGACAGCAGUCAUGCCUAUAAGACUACGUAUCUUCUCUCUCAACUGCUGGGGAAUCCGCUACCUUAGUAAGCACCGUCCUGAGCGGUAUGUCAUGAUUGGAGAUCUGCUAAGCAAGGAACAGCAUGAUGUAGCAUUACUGCAGGAGGUUUGGAGUGAAAAAGACUUCCACUUUUUGAAAACGAAGCUUGGCAGCACACAUCCUUAUUCCCAUUAUUAUAAGAGUGGAUUUUUUGGAAGUGGACUGGCGGUCUUUUCCAGGCAUAGAAUCCAUGAUGUCUUUCUCUACAAAUACUCCUUAAAUGGUUAUCCCUACAUGGCCCACCAUGGAGACUGGUUUGGGGGUAAAGCUGUUGGGAAAUUAUUGCUGGAUAUCGGUGGGUUGAUGGUGCAUAUCUACAUCACUCAUCUACAUGCUGAGUAUUCCAGAGAGCAAGAUUCCUAUCUCCCUCACAGAGUAGUGCAGGCCUGGGAACUCCAAAACUUUAUACGACACACAUGUGCUGGGGCAGAUGUGGUGAUAUUAGGAGGGGAUUUGAACAUGCAUCCUGAUGACCUUGGUGUAAGAUUGCUGCGAAGCUACACUGGACUCCGUGACUGCUUCAUUGAGACAGCUAGUUUUGAAGGAUGUGAACAGGGAUUCACCCAUAUAACAGACAACCCCUUCACAAAUACUCAUGAACUUAUUCCAUUUGGAGGAGGAAUCCGUAUCGACUACAUCUUAUUCAAGGGAUCAGGGAGAGUGGAGGUGAGCUGUGAAUCUCUGUCCACUACUAAGGGCUCUGUUCCUGGGUAUGACUUCCCGUACUCAGACCAUGAAGCUCUCAGCACUGAGCUGCUGCUUUGCCCCUUGAAAGAUGAGAAGGGAGAAAAAGACUGCAAUGCAGUUAGUCUUUCUGAGCUGAUAAACACUGUGACCGAGGCUCGUACGGAGGUGAAGGUGGGCCUGCAUUGUGCUGAGCGCAUGCGCUACACAGCUGCACGCACAGGGUUUAUGGGCCUAGCCUUGCUACUGCUGGAGAUAGCCAUAGCUGCUGUGCCAGUAUUCUCCCUUGGAGCUGAACAGCCUUUCCCCAAAGCUUCCUUCUACCUUCUGGGGGCACUGUGCUUCGCCAUCCUUCUCUCUGCUGUCUUCCUGUACAUUUUUUACACCAUGGAGGUGAAGUCCCUGCAAGGCACAGAAGACCAGAUGAGGCUUGCAGUAGGCAGCCUGCAAGAACGUCUGAAGGAGCUGCCUAAGGUUAUAGAUGAGGACAAUUCUCAAAGGGAGCCUGACACUGUAGAACCGGAAGACUGAACAACCAAGAUUCAUGAUUCAAUAUGUGAACACAGCUGAACCACUUAACUAAAUUUGUUGGAUAUUUCCCACCUGUGCGCACAAGGUUAAGCUGAAACACACUCCGGAGCAUUAUGAUUGAAUCUGCCUAGUUUUGGAUGGUAACAAAACUGAGUGAUGAACCUCAUUCUCUCUAUGACCCCAAUCACACCUUGUUUUAACAUGCAUCCUGUGUGAUCAGAUUGAAAGUGGGCUGCACUAAGUAGAUGUGUGAACUCAAACCACAUUCGAUGGUGGUCUGAGACACAUGUGACCACAUCACUUUUGCACUUUCCUUGGAAAGCAGUGAAUGAUCGUUUAAUCGACAGUGUUUUCACCUUGCCAUUGAUUAUUGCCCUUGCCAGAAAUCAUGUAAUCAUUGCAAGACUUUUCAGAAAUCAUGCUGAAUGGUAGAGCCCUCUUGUACUAGUCUAAUGGAUAAAGAUUAGAGAUGCAAGUACCUGCUUUUCAUAGUUUCUUUCUUCAUGUCAUCUCAUGUCCAUUUAAGUUUUGUUUGGACCACCAAAUGUUUGAAACAGCCGAUAAAGGUGCAUGAAAUAUUGUUUGUGAGACAUUUCUCCCUGAAAAUAAACAAGAAAAAAAAAACAAUAAUCAUAAUAAAUGUCAGCAAAUGGCCAGCAGAAAUAAUUUAUGUAAUCACAAAGGAUCACUGAAGAGGUGUUCAAAAUGGCAGGUGUGAGUAAGCGGCUAUUUCAUCUCAGCUGUCCACUUGUAAUUGGAUUACACAGGACACAUGUUAAUGUCAGGUGUGAAAGGGGCAUAUCUCUCAUUAGCUAGUUUGCUUACCUGAGUAGGCUGAAGAUUCUUCACAAGAGGGAGCUAUUAGCACCACAGGCAAAAAAAAAAGCUUGUGAGUGUCAAUUCUUAUUAAUAAUACUAUGUGUUCUUGUUCCAAGUGAUGAGAUUGCAGUCCAGCAUAUAUGGACGUUUGUCUCAGGAAUUUGAUUGGACCAAUUAUCUUACUUAGUCACAAAUGGAAAACAAUCAUCAAGAAUAUCACUGAAAGAACAUAGUAACCAAAUCGUAUGAAAUAACAUUGCAUAAGCAAACAUAUACCACAGCCCUGCUGAAUUCUCCAUUCUGACUGGUCAGAAUGUGUUGCUUAAAAUGUAAUAUCAGCAUCACAUCUCUUAACCUUGUUGUUGAUUAUUUUCCUUUAAAAGCACACCUAAUCAUGUUUUAUCCCUUACACUUCCAUGUGACAUUAGAAAAAUGGACCAGUUACUCCUCUUAUUUAAUGAUUUUUCAGCUUAUUUCUUGUAGCCAUUAAGGUGUAUAUGCUUUUUACAUGGGCAUUAUGCUUUUUUAUAGAUCUUACUCACAAGACAUUUGAUUUAUCAGGCCCUUUGGAAAUUUUCUUCUUUUUUUAAUUAACAGACUGAUUUCAAUCCAGGAAAAGUGAUUCCGAUAACCACUAAUUUAUUUUACAUUCAUUUAAUGUCCUCUUUCUAUUCAAUGGUUCCUGAUUAUCACAAAUGAUGUUUACACAAACUUUAAUAAAUAAAAAAUACACAUUUGUAUUUUUGUCUUAUAAUAGCAUCUCCACAUAACUCAGUACUGUAAUCAUUCACUCUUGUUUAACCACACAUAUUGAUAUUUACUGUAUACAUACACAUUAUUAAUGCUGAAUGCAGCUGAAGGUUUUUCAAUAUUUGACCAAGAACACCCACCACAAGUCAGUUUCAUGUAUCCAUGUUUGUAUACCUCAUACAUCUCAGUACACGUAUAAUGUUGUCUGCUCUCUAUAAACCCUAUAUGUUACAUUUUACUCACUUGUCCAUGAUUUCAGUUGUUUCAACAGAUGCAGUUUUUUAGAUGAAAUAAAUUAUUCUUGUUAAAAUGCAA